AUACGUGAGGCAGUCUUGACUCAUUUCGUUUUUCGAGAACUUGUUUCCUCACGAGGAGAUUGUUCGCGUCGAACAGUUUUGUUAUCCGCCAUUGUUGUGUUGUGAGUGGCCAUAUUUGUUCGACCAUCUUUUAUAAACAAAAUAGGAGCCAUAGUUAUGGCGGACCAUCAAAAUAUCAUGUGCGAAGUGGAAAUUCAGCCGGAUAUCCAAGAAUGCGUUGAAAUAGAGACUAAUCCGGUGGAUAUGUCCGAUAGUUGUGAGACUAUCGUAGAAUGCGGAGAACCUAUGAUGUCAAUGCAAUCUUUAGAGGGCAGAGAUAUUAUUUUAGAAGCCCAGGAAGAAAUUAUAGAUGACUCGGGGGACCCUUUAAAUUUAUACGAUGUUCCGGUUCCCGACUCGUCGGAUUUAUAUGUGGAAUACGUUGAAUCUUCCCCUGGACCGUCUAAGCGGAAAAAAAUUGUGAAAAGUCGUGGCGUUCUUUCUCGCCGCGAAAAUGAAAAUUUGCUUAGUGAUAUGCACGUUGAAACGAGACCUCGGAAGUGGGAACAAAAGCAGGUUCAAAUUAAAACAAUGGAAGGCGAAUUUUCCGUAACAAUGUGGGCUUCAGGUGCCAGCGACGAUGAGGGUUCAAAUCCAGAACCAGAUCCAGAUUACACAGAAUACAUGACUGGUAAAAAAAUUCCAGUGGACGGUAUACCAGGAUUAGAUCUUUCAGAUCCCAAGCAAUUAGCUGAGUUUGCAAGACCUGGAUUGAAGAGCCCUAGAGUUCGUAGACCAAAUCAGGAUAAUUCAGAUAGAACCAUAGCAUGUCCUCACAAAGGUUGCAACAAGAUGUUUAGGGAUAAUUCUGCAAUGAGAAAGCACUUACAUACACAUGGACCUCGUGUUCAUGUAUGUGCAGAAUGUGGAAAAGCUUUUGUAGAGUCCAGUAAACUUAAACGUCACCAGUUAGUACACACUGGCGAAAAACCGUUCCAAUGUACUUUUGAAGGAUGUGGAAAGAGAUUCAGUUUAGAUUUUAACCUAAGGACUCAUGUGAGGAUACAUACAGGAGAUAGACCAUAUGUGUGCCCAUUUGAUGGUUGUAACAAAAAAUUUGCACAAUCAACGAACCUAAAGAGUCACAUUUUAACACAUGCCAAAGCCAAGUCUAGAAAUAAUAUGCAACGUACUUCAAGUAGCAUACAAAUGCUUCAGCCUCCAUUCGUGCAAGUUGAAGUCAAUGAUCCAGAUUAUAUUGUUUACGCAGACUAAAAAUUAGGAACGUGGAUUACGAAGAUUCAAAUUCAUUUGAUUAAAAUUAAAAUCAGUCAUAUAAUGUACCUCCGUUAGAUUAAUUACUCGUUUUUAAGUGAUUUUACUUUGGCAGGACUGUUUUUCAAGCCAACCAUACCGAAAACAGAAACAGCACGAUUCCUAAUAUUGAAAAUAGUAAUCUGGUAGAUUGAAGGAUUCGUUUUUUUUUUAAUAGUAUAAAAGAAAUUGGGUUUUAGAAUCUAUAUUUAUUUUUUAUCAUUAGUUUGGACGCUGUUAGUCAUAAAACGUACCUAAGUAUGAGCAGCGUAUAAAUUAACUAUUUGAAUCAACGAAAUUAUUUAAAAUCAUCAAUCGUUCAGUCUAUUAGGAUUAUUUGUUUUAUAGUGAACAUCUAUCUUAAGUGAUGAAGAAAAGUAUAUUGGCAGCAAUUUUUUGUUGUCCAUAAAAAAUGCUACAGAUCAAACUGGAAUAUUAGCAGCAAUAAUUACAAAGAGUAAAUUGCGAAGAUAUUAUUGGACUAUGCUCGUUGGCCAAGUAUUAGUAUUAUUUUAUAGUUAAUUUUAUCUAAAAAACGAAAUUUUAUUUUUAAUUGGCGGCGAAGCUGUACUAUUUAGGAAUGAAGAAAUAUUUGUUUUAAUGAUAAGUAAUGUUCCAGAUUGAUCUAAAAGUAGGCUUACCUGUGGAUCUGUUGAGAUCUGAAAUACUUCACUUGUAUAAAAUUGUGGAUAUAUCAAGUGCACUGACUGACUUAAUUAUCGAUUAAUGAGAAAUAUUUUUGUAUAAUAAUUGUGCAUUCAACCUUAGUUCAAUUGGAGAAAUGAUUUUUUCUUGUAUCUUAUAAGUACAAUAAGAAAUUGACUGAAUUUUUUGCAUUCAGAUCGUUUCACAUAGUAUUGGUUACGUGAUUUUGUGAUUUCU